AUGUCAGCCCCAACAACACAAACCAUUGGUGGAGCUUUGCGAGGGAUUGCGUCCUCUGUCUUAUUUCAAUUACUUCAACGAACAAUCACGUUUAUUUCCAACGUGAUAGUCAUUCGUUCUGUCAGUGAAGAGGUUACCGGUUUCUUCCACAUUCAUCUCCAACUUUUGAUGAAUGUCGUGUACUUCCUUUCGCGUGAAUUCUCGCGCCGAACGAUCAUGCGGAAACACACCGAUGACCUUUCAAAGGGGGUUUCAUUUUCUCUAAUAACAAUUCCCGUUGGGCUACUUAUCAACAUGAUAGCACUCCCAUUGAUCUAUUCACAAGCUCCACCCAUGGAAUAUGCCUUGACGUCAUAUGUCAUUCACUCAUUCGGACUCUUCUUGGAGCUGAUACAAGAACCAUAUUUGGUGUACAUGUUACUCACGCAACAACACAUCUUUAGACUCUAUGCGGAGCUUCCUUCAAUUUUACUCAGAAACGUGUUACAAGCAAUUCUCAUUCCGAUGUACCCACAGUACGCGCUACUCAUCCAACCGUCACUCUUCGUCUUAAAUUCGGUGUUGGUGUUCAUCACGUAUUUCUUCAUCAUUAAGCUGCCCAAAAUCGAUUUGAGUGUGUUGGGGUGGAAGAGCUUGAAGGAGCACAAAGACUGCAUUAAUUUGUUUGGGCGGCAGACCAUCCAAAAAUUCUUGUUGCAAGAAGGAGAGAAAGCGGUACUUGUUGUGACAACCAAUUUGAGCACGCAAGGCGUCUUCUCCGUCAUAUCCAACAUUUCUUCUCUUAUAGUCCGCUUCUUAUUCUUGCCCAUCGAAGAAGUGAGUUUCUCGUUGUUUUCAAAGAUGCGGAUGGACAAGGGGGAGGUGUUGAAUGCGUUCUAUUCGAUGAUGAAAAUCCUCGUGCAUUUAAUGUUGUUUGUGUUAGUCUUCGGCCCAACGUACUCAAAGCCGAUGCUCGAGUUUUUGUAUAACAACGAGGAGUACACAAAUAGCUGGAAAUUGAUGGUCAUCGCGUUCAUUGGGAUAGCGGCAAUUGGGUUGAAUGGGAUUUCCGAAUCGUUUUUCCAAGCUACCGCAUCGGACGAACAGUUGUCUCAAGCAAACAAUUUCAUGUUUGUGUUCUCGGGGGGAUAUGUCGUGUGUUGUAUUGCCUUCUCUAAAUUGUUUGGUGUCGUUGGAUUGUUACUUGCAAACAUCUCUGCGAUGGCGAUGAGAACGGUGUAUUCCCAUUACAACAUUUACUUGAAUUUCGGAGCUCUUUGUCUGAAAAACGUGUUACCGUCGUUUGGGACACUCGUCUCAUUCAUUAUGAUCUUCACAACGAAUGUCUUUGUUUCAAUGCGAUUCAUAUUCAGUCCAACCCUCUGUCUGUUCAUUGGCGGAUGUCUUGGACUGUUACAAAUCCUCGCGAUUGUUAUCUGUGACAAGCCAUUUGUCGCAACGUUAGUCAAGUUCUGGAACGACAAAAACGCACCAAAAGACCAGAAGUGA